AUGAAAGACGCUGAGAAUAUUUAUACCGAGCAGAAUACGCAGGGGAUAUGGUGCAUGCUUACUUCGGUAUGUUACCUGGAAGACUGCAUGUCAAAAUGCCGUGAAGGCUGUGCGAUACAUGAGAAACAGCAUGCUAUUUUCUUGGAUGCUACUGCAUUCAAUCCCUUAAUUUACCGUGGAUAG